UCGUCCUCUCUCUCCAAACCAGAGCGCACAGCGUCCGCACCAUGCGCAGUAGGCAGCGUAGCGCAGCGCAUCCAGCGUGUCACACUGAUAAAGUGCCUCUUCUGACCUGAACGAUCCAAAACCUCCCCAGAAGUUGCGCACAGGACGCAAUGUGUCCCAACACCUGGAUGGGUUUCUUGGAAGCGAUUUGCUCUUCUUGGUUCUUUUACGCUCCGUCUUAGCGCUUCUUCUGGUGGGUACGCGAUGUCCUGGAUGUAUUUUCUCCGGAGACUGUGAAGUGGAGGGAAGCGCAGCUCGCAGAGACCAUGUGGAGAGCGGACACGUCCCUUGGUGGCAGCACCGGAGGCAAAAAGCGACUCCAGUAGGAGAGCAUUAUUUGCGCUUUCUUGGAGAAAAAGAUCCUUCCAUGAGGAAACAAAGAGAGAAGAGAUGGUAGAGAAUGGCCGCACCUGACCUUCUUGACCCAAAGUCUGCCGCCCACAACUCCAAGCCUCGCCUGUCAUUCUCGGCCAAACCAGUGGUGCUGAACACUCCGGAGGAUGAGUGCGACACCCGGACCACUGUCAUGAGGUGGAAAACUGUGUCGGCCAUCUUCUUCCUGGUGGUGCUGUACCUCAUCAUUGGGGCGACAGUGUUCAAAGCUCUGGAGCAGCCUCAUGAAAGCUCCCAGAAACUGGCCAUUCUUGCUGAAAAACUGGAAUUCUUGGCCAUGCACGCCUGUGUGAACUCCUCUGAGCUGGAGGACCUGGUCAAGCAAGUGGUUUCAGCAGUCCGAGCAGGUGUGAACCCAUCAGGAAAUUCAUCCAAUCAGACGAGCCUUUGGGACCUCAGUUCCUCCUUUUUCUUUGCUGGGACUGUUAUCACCACCAUCGGAUUUGGGAACAUCUCUCCGCACACAGAAGGAGGCAGGAUCUUCUGUAUAAUCUACGCUCUGCUGGGAAUUCCCCUGUUUGGAAUCUUACUGGCUGGUGUCGGUGACCAGCUGGGGACCAUUUUUGGAAAGGGCAUCGCCAGAGUAGAAAAGAUGAUCGUGAAGUGGAAAGUCAGCCAGACGAAGAUCCGUGUCAUCUCCACGCUGCUCUUCAUCCUGUUCGGGUGCCUCAUCUUCGUGGCCCUGCCAGCGGUCAUCUUCCAGCAGAUCGAAGGCUGGAGCACACUGGAGUCCAUCUACUUUGUUGUCAUCACCCUCACCACCAUCGGCUUUGGAGACUUUGUCGCCGGAGAAAAAGGUGGGUCAGAGAGUCUUAAUUAUCUCGACUAUUACAAGCCCGGGGUGUGGUUCUGGAUCCUGGUGGGUUUGGCGUACUUUGCUGCAGUGCUCAGCAUGAUUGGAGACUGGUUUCGGGUCAUCUCCAAGAAAACUAAAGAAGAGGUCGGGGAGUUUCGUGCACAUGCAGCCGAGUGGACAGCAAACGUGUCGGCCGAGUUCAAAGAGACCCGCAGGCGCCUCAGCGUCGACAUCUAUGACAAGUUCCAGCGUGCUGCAUCCAUCAAGCGCAAGCUGUCAUCCGAGCUGGGUAUCAAUGCGUCCAUCAACCAGGAAAUGACCCCUGGCAAGAGGACGCUGUCAGCCAACCUGUAUGAGGACAGAGAUGCUUACCCCAGCCUGAGCCUCUCCCUCAGUCCUACACCAGGAGCCCUGACCAGGAACGGCAGCCUCUAUCUGAACGGCCUCAGCCCAGAAUGCGCUGAUCGGCGGGAGAUCGCCAUCAUCGAAAAUCUCAAAUGAGGAACAGCGUGAAAAUAAGAUUUAUGGAGCUGAGUAAAACACAUAGAUAGUGGACAGAGAUUUCAAACACUUUUGUGCUUCUUGACUGAGGAUCACUGAUGAGGUACGCGUUCAUUAAGUAGAUUGUGCUCCAAUAAUCAGUCAUCGAGCUGCGUACCUUCAUGUGCACUCAUUCUAUGAAAGGAGUCAUCCCUGCAACACGAUCGACAGCUGUGCGAGUGACUGAGCCAAAUCAAAAGCAUGAUCCAGACUGGAACAAAUGAAUGCAUCAGAGGCAACAGACUUACGAACAGGAAGGGACACAGAGGAGGCAACACACUGGACCACCUCCUCUCAUGUACCCUGUAAAACAUGCAGACCUGAAUACAUUCAUCCAACUUGGGAAGCAAUAGAUGUAUCUGUUCUCAUCUCUUUCCAGAGGCCCUGAAAUCUGCAUCAGAUAAGAAGGAUCCUCACUGGCAUAAAACACUGCAUCGUCGACAGUGAACACUGGUUUUUGGUGUCCUGCGCUAACACAAAGGAAUGUCACUUUUGUCUUUCGGUUUACACUUCUCGCAGUAUAAAUUUAUAUGCCUUGCAUUUGCCGGUCAGUCUGCCCUCACUGAAGAGACGAAUGUCGACAUCUUAGUUCCCUCAUAACUGAAAUUCAGCUUCUCAUCCUAAGGAAUAAUCCAAUUGUGCCUUACUGAAAACCACAGUGAACAUGUGAGGGUAGAGGACGACGACGCAUGUAAGAAUGAGCAACGCUUUGUAUGUCCACUCAUACUUGUUAUAUUUGAGCCCAGCAGUAAUAAAGACUUAUUUAGGAUGAGACUUUUAUUUAACUAAUUUCAAGAGGAAUCUAUAGUAUGCAUGACAACUGAGUGGAGAAACUGUUGCUUGAGAUAAGAUUUGGGAAAAUAUCACCUCUUAUUCUAACAUUUUAGGAAUUCAUCACCCAUCUCGAUGUGCUGGGACAGUUGCAUUAACCACACAGUGCCAGGCUUGCUGAUCAAACCCCACUUCCCCCCCUAUACCAAAGUAAUGAGCCUGCUUUCCUGAAAGAAGAAGAAAUAGGUUUGCAGUCUGAUCAAAGCAUCCCCAGUCCUGUAUGUUAUUUCUAAAUCCCGAUCUGCAGGGUUUCUUGAAGUCGAACCAAAUGUUAGUUGUUUUUUUUCCUGGAAACAUUGAGCUUGGUGCAUCAACGCUAUUAUUUUCUGUUCCAAAUAAACCCCUGGCAUGUGUGGUACCAUAGCAGUGCAAUCUCUGCAGCUUGGAGGCAUAUCUCUACCUUACUGCUUUUCCUGCUCGAGCUAGCCGAGAAGCGUUUCCUCAGCUGAUAAAGACGAGGUUUGUUACGUCUUGCCAAUACUGAAUGUAUACCAUCAGAAACCUUCAUUUACUGUGUAAAUUGCAGCGACUCUGGAUCACUUAAAUGCUAAAUGUGUCAACAUCCUGUCACCUUAUAGUAACUGCAGUGAAUCUAUGUUAAACAGGUAUUUGCUCUUACGUAAAAUUCUAAACUAGCAGUUUAGAUUUAGUAUUUUAAGAAUAAAUUCCUCAAAGUAAGAAAAUGGUGCAACAAAAGUCAACACACCUUUAAUGACUGAGAUUCAAAUCUUCCUUUUUUUUCCUCUAUUCUUUGUUUGUCCAGGGUAAUCAUCCUCUGCAAAGAAGACACCAGUGUUACAUAAAUCUCUCUUCUUCAGAGACUAUUUUUUUUCAGCUGUUCUUUGCUGGAAGGCUUUUGUUGCUUUAUCUUUCUCUUUAUACAGCUUGUUCUACUGGGUGUACGUCUUGAGACAUACUUGUUCAGGUCAUACUUUUUUCUUCUUUAGAAACUCUUGUGUGAUUUUGGCAGUGUACUGUAGGUCAUAAGCACACUGGAAUAUUCCUCUUCUGCCAAGCUUCUGCAGACUGGGAGUCAUCUUGCCAGCCAGUAUUUUGUGAUAUCCACAGGACUUCAUGGUGCAAAAUAUAAAUUUCCUCUUUCCAACCCCUUUAGCACUCAUCCAGCCAACCCUGUGCUUGACUGUCAGGACUGUGCAUCCACUGUGGUAGUCUGGCUAGGUUCAUACUAAACAUACUGGAGCCCAUCUGAACCAAACUUAUUUUUGUUUUGUCUCAUCUUGUCUCACAAUCAGAUGUUCAGGCAAUUAUUUUCCAAAGCUGAGAGAGUUCCAGCGUGUCACUUUAUCACCAAGUUAUUGAAAUUUACAGAUGCACUCGGUUUAGUUUCAAUGUUCGUUGCAUUGACUUUCUACUGUGAAGCCUUUAUUUUCAAGUUUGCUAUGUGUCAAGUGUCUGUUUUUGAUUGUUCAUAAGAGGAAGUGCUCCACUGUUCAAAUGGAAAAUAAUACGAUUAUUAAGAGUUGAUGCAGUUUAAAAUCAUUUGACACUAAAGUGCACCUCUGCUGUAGUUAUGUGUUGAUUGGAAAUCAAGAAAAUGGUCGCAGUGUCAUUCAGGCGCCAUUUAUGUCACACUUACAUUGUUUUUUAAGUUAGUCCAGUUUUGUCUAGGGUAUUUCUACAAGGAUGGAUUGCAUUUUAUGUCAAUUUUUUGGUGUCUCCCAGUUAACUGGUUUGGAUUGUGCAUCUUUUAUGGAUUUUAUUCAGUGCAUUUAUCCAGCAAGAUAUGCUGUAGUAUUCUCAGUAGAUUUGACAGUGCCAUUUAUCAUCUGUAGCAUCGCAAAACACUCUAAUACAGUGUGACUCGCACACCGUGUGUCCUGUGCUACUGUAUGCCAAAUAUCUGUAUAAUUUAUGAGUCUGUAGAGGUAUGUUUAUCGUAUGUUUUGUGUUUAAAAUCUAAUACAUUUUUGCUUUAUAAGCACAUUUCAGGGCAACAUGAUUCUGUAUAAUUUUACUCCUUAAAUAUACAACAGAAGCCAUUGGCACCAGCUCUUGGUGAACUCAGUUUAUUUGUAACUUAAGUGCUUACAAAGUGGCAUUUUAUACAUUACUAAAUUAAAAGAGGUCACAACAAAUGAACUUGGUCUCAAAAAAAAAGAUGAUUGCGACUAAAUUUUUACACCCAACACAUAGCAGGUGUGAAAUAUGUGACCUUAUUAAUUAAUUACUCAUCUAAGAGACCAGAGGAAAUGACAGUCAACAAAUGUGACCUGACAUUUUGUAUAAAUAUGCAUACCUGAAGAUUUUAAAUUCAAUUUUACAAAAAACAGCACUGUUAGCCUAAAUUACCAAAUAAUAUAUAUGGGUCAUUCCACAAUUGGAGGACAUUUGGGCUUCAAAAUUUUUGGAAAAAAAACCUUUUACAAUUUUCUGCUAUAUAUUCAUCUAUAAUAGGUAAUAAACUAUCAAAGGCUUGAUUGGCUCAGCUUCCACAUCAAUGGUAGCAUUUUUAUUCCAUGUUUUCUGUGUUGUUUGCUAACCCUACUCUAAUCACAGUAACAGGGUUGCUAAUCCAUGCUAAUGUGAUCUUUUUCUCAGCAGUAGAAGCUAGAUAUUUAGCUGCUGUUACUGCUGACCAAGAGGACAAACUGACUGAUGGAAAACGUCAAAAGAAUUAGUCUGAUCCUGAUAAUAUGAGGUAGAGUGAGACAUUCAAUCAAGGCUGACCAUGUGAUGAAAAUAUUAAAAAUAGAAGAGCUUUGCUCUACCCAUUCUUUAGGAAAACUGUUUGAUGUUAAUUCCAGCGUUUCAUGCGAUUCACUGUUUUCUUCUUCUAUCAGCUAAAAUGUUCUGCUAACGGUUGUUGUGGGACAUGCGUUCCAUGCAUAGUAAUUAUUAUUUAAAAUAUCAUUUAGAUUGAAAAAAAAUGUUCCCACAAUUACAAGAGGCAUCAAUGAAAAAAAUAAUGCCAAAAAAGGAGAUUUAAAUUUAAUUUUAACAAUUUUAUUUGAGAUUCAGUUUGGUCAUCAGGGGGUGGGACAAGAGAAAAAUGACAUUUUAGAGGGAACUCCAGACUUGUUUGGUAUGUUAAAACUAUUUUCAAACAUUGUUUACUCCUAUAUUUUUUUUUUUUAGAUUUGGUCUCAGGACAAGAACAUUUACACAACAACUGCAUGUUUUAGUAUUUCAUACAUGGAUUAUAUGAAAUUUGUUGGGUGGGACAUAAAAUAUCCUCCAAUUCUGGAAUGACCCAUAUAACUAAUUCUGAAAGAAAUUUUUCAUAUACAUUUUUAAAUAAAACUAAUAAAUCCUACUGCUAACUAACCCUACCAAUCAGUUCACUCAUUACUAAAGUCUUUAAGACAUUCUUUGUUUUGCUGGUUGAUCUCAGGCUUAAAACUAGCAGGACUUUACCAUCAAACUUUGUACAUGAUUCAAAAUCACUCAGUGCAACACAAUCCGUGCCAUUACUAGCAGGUUUGAGCUCUUUCUCAGCACUGAAGCUCAUGGUUUUCUUGAAAGGUUGUCCUCACCAGGAGCGGUGAUUCGUGCAGAGCCUGACUGUAAGGUCAACAGCUGUCUCGUUCAAUCAAGUCAAAGAGGAGUCACCGAGAACUCGUACGAUAAAAAUGAGGAGGUUUCUGAAAGCAUCAGUACGUUGGUUUGUCUUUGCUGCGUUUCUGUGAAGCAAUCAAUAGAAGCUGCACAUUUACUGUAUGUUGUAUUGACCUGCAAUAGACUGGAAAGCAAAGACGAGUACAUUAAAGCUGAGGCGCCUGAGGAAAUCCCACCCAGCCUCAGUGUAGCUGCUCAAAGCGAAGCCCCCUAAAGGUCGUCGUAUUGCUUAUUCCCAGUCAGCCGUGUGAUUGACAGCCUGUCAGCGCCGCAGUAACUCAAAGAGGGUUGUCGAUGAAGUGUUGCGUAAUAUGUCAGGCUGCGGAAGCCCACCCACGUGGACAAGCGUGCAUGAUUGUGACAGUGGGCGUGCAUGUGCAAUAAGGAAUGUGUGUGCAUCGAGGGUUUGAGGAAACUCAUUUCAUAUCCGCUCACACAAGCAUUUUUCACAUGGCAUCCUCUUUAUUCUCCCAAGGUGACAGAUUUUAAUUAAGUCUGUGGCUCAAAUCAAAACUCCCAGCUGAAGCGUGUUGAAUGUAUCUACCCAUUCAUGACGGCGUUCAUUGCGAAUGUAAGCACAUUCAUCGUUUAAUGUUGUGAUUAAUGUUUGCAAAGGAGCUUGAAUAGCUCAGAGCAGAUGCUGUGAAAACAAGCUCUGGCCCUCAUUGAUUCAAAUAUCACAAGAUUCAGAAAUUAGAGUAGAUUAAAGGGUUUCAGAAAAUUAUACUAAAUGUAUCAAUGGUAUCAGAAAUUGUUUUUAUGAGCCACAGCUUUGGUGUGGAUUUAAUCAUUUGCCUAAACUGUAUGCAUGAGACGAUUGUGAGAAGAGAAGAAAGGACAAAUUCACUGUUUCUUCUGUCAUUUUCCAAUUUCCAAUAAACAUACAGUAUUGUCAAAAGUCUGGGGUCACUUAGAAAUGUUCUUAUUUUUGAAAGAAAAGCAGAAGAUAACAUUAAACGAAUCAUAAAUCCAGUCUAGACAUAGUUAAUGUGGUAAAUGACUAUUCUAGCUGGAAACAGCUGAUUUUUAAUGGAAUAUCUCCAUAGAGGUACAGAGGAACAUUUCCAGCAACCAUCACUCCUGUGUUCUAAUGCUACAUUGUGUUAGCUAAUGGUGUUGAAAGGCUCAUUGAUGAUUAGAAAACCCUUGUGCAAUUAUGUUAGUACAUGGAUAAAAGUGUGAGUUUCAUGGAAAACAUGAAAUUGUCUGGGUGACCCCAGACUUUUGAACGGUUGUGUAACUGUGAAAAAUAUAAUUAAAGGGGUCGUGUGCACAGAUGCACAUUUUUUAACAUCAUUUCAGCAAGUAUUGCAUGCUACUUUAAACGUUACUUCCAGUGUUUAUAGAUCAGAUGCGGCUGUUAUUCCAGGCUUUGCUUUGGGUUAAAUAACAGCAGAGCAUCAUAUGUUUCUAGUAUGUUAAUAUGUUAAUGUUGGUAUGUCACUUCUAAUCAUGACUCACUUUUCUGAAAGUUUAGAAUAAAAUAUUUUCUAUGAAAUAAAAACUGAAGGUCACUGUUU